AUGUUUGUAGCCAAGUGGUCUCCGGAGAUCACACCCUCAAAACUGGAACUAUCUAUGGUCCCAGUGUGGCUUGAAUUUGUUGGAGUUCCCUUGCAUUUUUUCAAUCGGGAAGGACUUGAACACAUAGCGGGUCUGGUUGGACACCCAGUCUGUCUUCACCCACACACCGAAAAUCUGAUCAACAUGGAGGUAGCAAAGGUAUACACAGUCAUUGAUCCGAGGAAACCGCUGUCAGAAGCUGUGAAUGCCCGCUUUGAAUCCGGAGACGUAAAGCGUAUUCAGGUCUCGAGUCCAUGGCUUCCUUUCCUUUGUAGUCAUUGCGAUGAGGAGUCAGAAACAAGUUCAGCCAAUCUCUCGGAAGAAGAUGACAAUCCGGAAGCAGAAGAAGAUCGCUUCUUAAAGGUUGUCUCCAAGAGAAUGCUGAGACAAAAGUUGCGUAAGGACCGGCGGAGAAGUAUUAGGAAGUGGUUGAAGCAAAAUCAACCAGUUUUUGGUGGGGUUAUUGAGACUCAUGUCAAUCUCUUAAAAGCGGAUAAUAUAGCCUCUCGAACUUUUCCGGGAUGGUCUUUUGUUAAUAACUAUGAGUUUUCAGAUCUAGGAAAGAUCUGGAUCGUUUGGCAUCCCUCUGUUCAGCUUGUUAUCUCUGUGGUCUACGCCUCCUCUACGAGUAAUUCUGCAAGGAAAGAUCUUUGGGCUGAGAUUGUGGAUUUAGCCGCAGACUCGACACUCACAAGUCUGCCUCACGAACACUCUGACCAAGAUGCAAAAGUGAUGACUUCGGGAAUGCGCGACCUCACACAAUGCCUCACUUCAGCCUCUCUAACUGAUCUUCCCUAUUGUGGCAACACCUUCACUUGGACAAACAAACACACAUCUGGUCACGUUGCGAAGAAACUUGACAGAAUUGUUAUAAACGCAGAAUGGAUCUCAGCUUUCCCCUCUUCCCUAGCAGUGUUUGGAGAACCUGCCUUCUCGGAUCACAGUCCCUGUUGUCUGUUCCUGGAUACUCAAGUGCAAAAGAGGAAGAAGCCUUUUAAAUUUCUGGUGAUGUUGAACAACCACCCAGAUUUUCNCAGCGGUUUUCGAAGAAUUUUCCAGAAUAUCUGGCCUCACAAUGAAUUUGAGCAAAACGGACCUCUUCGUAGCAGGGGUGAACCAAGUUGA